AUGCUGGCCAUUGACAACAUCUCUGGCCUAGGCCUCAAAGACACCAUCUUGUCGAACAUGAUGGAGCCCGAAUUACCACAAGUCAACAUUCCGCGAGUCUUGCUUCGUCCGGAAGAUGCUUCACGGUUGGGCCGACCAUCACGCUUUGACGACAGUGACCGCCCACCUCGAGCCUCCAGCGAAGACACGAGAUCGCAAGCGCAACGUGUCGAAGCUGGUCAAAUCUUCGAAACCUCCCCACCGAAGCCAGAAGAGGCGAAAGCCAGCGGACAAAAUAAAAAGAGCGACUUAAGUCUGCUGUCUUUGGAAGACACCACGGAACUUUUCAAGAAGAAGGUAGCAGAUGCGAGACAAGACACAGAACAUGCACUCGCAGGCAGCGAGGCCGUGAGGGAUGUUGUGAAGCCAAAAUUGACUCUGGAUUUGGGACAUUCGAACAUUGCCAGACUGCCCGAGAGUGUGGUUGAUCUUAUCAAAGACGAGGUGGAAAGAUUGUCCCUCUCACAGAACCAGAUAUGGCACAUACCCCUCCGGUUCUCCGAAUGUACCCAUUUGCGCUACCUCAAUAUACGGUCCAAUGUAUUUCGAGAGAUACCUCGGGGAGUAUACAAGCUCAACCAACUGGAGAUCUUGGACAUCAGCCGCAACAAAGUUCGAAAGAUAUCUCCUGAUAUAAAGAACUUGAGGUCACUGCGGGUAUUUUCACUGGUGCACAACCGAGUUGAGGAGCUGCCGACCGAACUAUGCGAAAUGACGAAACUUCAGAUAUUGAAGAUCGCAGAAAACCCUCUGCGAUUCAGAUUGAAAAGGGUCGUCGAAUAUAAAGAAUCAGAAGUAUCAUUUUCAGAGAUGACCGAUCAUGAGAGAGAAACAGCCAUCACUCUCGAGAUCAAACGGUAUCUGAGAGAGGCGCAUUCGUCGACUCUUGCUCCGAUAGAUGUUGAAGCUUCUUUACAGAUCGACGAGGGUCCCAUGGAGACCCCAAAACCUCUAAAGCGAACUUUGAGCAGCAGAUUUCCCGUCAUUCCCAGUACUGGCAGCGGGCUCAGUGAAACCGGUUCUGAAGGAAACAAAUCGUCACCCAUACAGCCGCAUCCGCCUCCGGUCCCCACGCGCUCACAUUUCCGUAUGACUUCUGGCACCCAAUCAAUCGCCCUCCGACGUCCGGGGAUUGCACCGCUGAUUAGCCAAAAUAGCAACGAGAGAAACCGAAGCAACAGCGAGAGUGUUUUACAAGCAUCAGCGGCUGCCCGUCAUAAGAGGAUGGGGAUGUUGAGGAGAGAAAAGCCAGACCUCGACAGCAUUGACGAGCUCAAAGUAAACAGGAACAGUCAUCUUCGAGGUUUCAGUCAUGGUUCUGUCCUGAAGCGGAAUGGUACUCUAUCGUCUCCCGGUGGUGCCAGUUCGUCUAGUCCGAAUAGCCCCCGAGAUUCGCGACGGAAUAGGCUUGCCUUUGUGAAACGACUGUCAAGCUUACCGGAACAUAAAGUCGAGAAUGAGUUGAAUAGUCCUGUGAUCGACGGGGCCAAGGGCAUCUUGUACGCACUCUACCAGAUCCACCCUCACAUCUCCGGCUUGAUUGCUGCAAUACGUGGCAAGGAUCCUCGGAGGAGCACUCUAGAGUUCACUUUCUUUAAUGCCUCCACACACGUCGAUCGACUCAACGAAGCUUUGGAGCAAGCUGAAGUGGUGGACGUUGAGGAUGAGGAUGCUGUGCAGAGGGUUGAAUCCACUGUUCGACACGACUGUGCUACGUGUAUCAUGGCGUACACACAUGUGACAGCUCAGCUGCAGGACAAUGUCAAGAAAAUUGUCGCUGGAGCCGACGUGCGAUACGUCCGCAGCCUAAUGCUCUUGCUAUACGGCAGUAUGAUUGAGGUUCGAAACGCAAUCCAGAGCUUCGGUGCGGAUGUCAACGUGACACGAGGUUUCGGUCACAGAAGACAAUUGUCGAGUGGAAACAGUCACCCGAUCCAGACGAUUCCCGAAGAGUUCAGUACGCCUUCGCAACCAGUUCGAGCAAUCACCCCUACCCGAGACAGAAAUGUGCCUUCAAGACAGGGUGGGAGAUUGCGUAGUGACACGGCCAUCCAACAUCCGGUCGCGGAACCGGUCGCAACAUAUCCACCAAACCCUGUGUUACCUGCACCUUCGGGUUCUCUCCCGACGCCAAUCCACUUGACUGGUACCACGCUCAACGGUGGAAAUUUGACCGGCACUUCUUCAACAUUUUCGAACAGCGGUACAUUAAAUAGCAACGGUCUCAGGUCGAGGUCAAGUUCACGAGCUGCGAUGAUGAACGGCAUGUCUUCGUCGGUUGCGAGCACCCCUCGCUCAGGAGAAGCCUUCAAUCUGCCCAUGGCAAAUGGCUAUCCUGCUCGAGUCAAUCCUGCUACUGGCCUUACAGACGCUCAGGAGGAAGCUAUAUUUGAACAAAUUUUCCUGGCACUAAGCAGAGCGUACGACGCUGCUUUGCACACCAUUCCGAUUGCCAAAGCACAAUUCAUUCGAUGUCUCGAGGCAGCGGAGGAGAACCGACAGCCCAAGUCUGUACAUGACCUAUGGUCUACAUUGGUGUACAGGUGCAAGUUGUGCAUUGAUGUCAGCGAAGCACUGCAGGUCAGGCUGGUCAACAUGCGCCUCAAAGAACCCAGCGUUCCAGGAACUGGCCGCAAUGACCCCUCGCUUUGGUCACUGUGUAAGAACUUCUUGAUGAACUUCAUUGAACUCUUGACCGAUAUGCGGGAAGCCAAGUCUCUUCGGCUGUUGUCACAAGAGUUGAUCAUCAUGUUACGACCAGUGCAAAAAGCAAGCCGAGAAGCAGGACGCUUGAUCGAGACGAGUCCGUGGCGAUAUCUCACCGACAGUGCAAGCGCAGCGAUGCCACCUCCGAGUGUGUUCAAUACGUUGACAAGCCAGCAGUCUGCACCAGCGACGAACGGAAAUGGCUAUACACACGCGAACGGCGUGAAUGGUGCAAGUGUCGAUGGAAAUUCCUCGGUGUAUAGUACGGUCACUUCGUCGUUGGGACAUCAUGCUGUCCAGAGCCAAUUCCCACAACCUGUUGUACCUGUUCCUCCAGCUCCAGGAACGGGACCCAGUUCAGCAAACACCCCGAACACGGCCAUCAUGCCCAAACAAAUGGUCAACGUCAAUAAUGUUCUUGGUCUCCCUAACGGGACCAACGGCAUAAGUCCUGUUUCGGUACCGUUGCCUGCUACUCCAUUAUCUGCGGCACUCGGCCCGGCUGCUCAGGCGACGGUGCCAAACAUGAACAUGCAAAUGGCGAUCCCAAGCACACCUGCCAGCGCGUAUGGUGACCAAUUCUUCCGGGGUGAUGUUUUUCAACGGGCGGACAGUUUGUUGAGCAUGCCACAAGCGGGAAAUGUGAACUUUCUGAACAGGAGGUGA